CGGAAUUAUAUAUUCCCUCGUUCAGUUCUAACGCUCUCCUGUCAGACACCACCACGUGUUGGCCGGGUAGAUUACCAUGUAACUGAAGACUGUUUCUUGUUUUGACCAAACUUUCAUUUUCUUCUAUAACAUUAGUUUCUUUUACUCUUCUCAUUCGAAUCGCUUGUUAGUGUGUGAUCUCGUACCCAAGUGUUGUUUGUAAACGCAUGACUUUAUUUACAAAUUGUUUUCAAGUCUACCACCUGCAGGAACCGACAGGACCUUUAAACAACCAAGUGUUAUGAUAUAUUUUCAAUCAGCAGGUAUGCGAACGAUUUUCUCUGGCUAUUUUCCCGCUCUUGGAACCCUCUUCUACCAAUUAUUGGAAUAGAUCACUUUACGCCUGAAAAUGGUAUCCUCUUUUAUUGAAGGCUGGGAUUUAGUACAGACUCUUGGAGAAGGUGCUUAUGGAGAAGUGAAAUUGGCUGUAAAUACUACAACAAAUGAAGAAGUGGCAGUGAAGUUUAUUAAUCUCAAAAAAGAUAUCCAUGCAAGAGAAAGUGUUAGAAAAGAGAUUGCAAUUCACAAACUCCUGAAACAUGACAAUGUAAUCCGCUUUUAUGGGAGCCGCACAGCUGGAGAUCAGCAGUUCAUGUUUCUGGAGUAUGCCUGCGGUGGUGAACUGUUUGAUAGAAUUGAGCCUGAUGUCGGUAUGUCUCCACAACUUGCUCAGUAUUAUUUCCGACAGUUAAUUGAAGGACUGGAAUAUUUACAUUCUAGAGGUGUGGCACAUCGGGAUUUAAAACCAGAGAAUCUUCUUCUAGACGAAAAUGAUACCUUGAAAAUCUCCGAUUUCGGUUUUGCUACUGUUUUCCGUUAUCAGGGAGAGGAGAGAGAAAUGGAAAAAUGUUGUGGGACACUUCCAUAUGUUGCUCCUGAAGUUAUCAGACGUCGUCCUUAUUCAGCUCAACCAGCAGAUAUUUGGUCUUGUGGUAUUAUCUUGGUAGCAAUGUUGGCUGGAGAAUUGCCAUGGGAUGAGCCAUCAAAUGAAUGCUGUGAAUACUCGGACUGGGUCAAGUGCUGUAGUUUAUCUUCCCCGUGGAACAAAAUUGAAAAUAUGGCUUUGUCUCUUUUAAGAAAAAUCUUAAUAGAAAACAGCAAAAAACGUUAUACAGUUCCACAGAUGAAAAAGAACCAAUGGUUUUCAAAGAACUUGAGAAAAUCUAUGCCAAUACGGUUAGAGAACCUUUCUGGUGAUUCUGGAACAUUUAAACGUCGAUGUUCUGGUUUAGACCAAUCUUCUCCUUCCGCUGUUGGAAAAUUUGAUCAUCAGUUCUCCUUGUCCCAGCCUGAUGUUAUUUUGCGUGCCACAGAGAGCCCCUCAUCUGCUGGUGAUUCCCUCAAAGCACUUACAUACUCUCAGCCAGUUCGUCCAGAUCACAUGAUGUUAUCAAGUCAACACCAAACACAAGAAUCUCAGUCAUCUGGUCCACACCUUGUUCGAAGGUUAACUCGCUUUUUCGUAAAAUGUAACCAAGAAGCAACAGUUAAAGAAUUAACGAAAGCCUUUGAAACUCUCAAUUACACUUGGAAAAAGAAUUCUCUAGGAUUGUUUACAAUACAAACCUUUGACAGAAGGAAGUGUCCAUUGUCGUUCAAGGCUGCUCUUGUUAAGAUGGGAGAGAAUCUUUUGGUAGAUUUCCGGUUAUCAAAGGGUGAUGGAAUUCAAUUCAAAAGGAACUUCACCAAAAUCCGUGAUCUGUUACGACCAAUCGUCUCCUCUCAGUCCGCUUGGCCGAAUGCGUCUUCUGUAAAAGAGUUACGCAAUGAGGAAAACUGAAAA